GGAAAAAAAAGAGGAGAGAGGGGGGGAAAAAAGAGAGGAAAAGCCGCCGCCGUCGUCGUCGUCGUCGCCGUCUCCCCCCUCACGGAGAGAGCUGAGCUGAGGCUGAGGCUGAGGUGGUGUCGUGUGAGGAAGCUGCCAGGAAGUACAAGUAGGACUGAUGGGAUGUCCUGAUUUUAAUUGCAGCAGGUGAAAAAGGAAUAUGUCUAUUCACUAUUAAUAGGUGUGAGUUUCUUUGCUGAAACUAAAGUGAUAAGUCCUCGUCCUUUGAAAGAGUUGAUAGCCACUGCUUUCAGCUGCUGACCUCGCUUAAACUACAAUCUCCUACGUGGUUUUCUUUUCUAUCCUUCAAAAUGACGAUGGCAAGUUUGUUUUCGUUUACCAGCCCAGCUGUCAAACGUCUGCUGGGCUGGAAACAAGGAGACGAAGAAGAAAAGUGGGCAGAGAAGGCAGUUGAUGCCCUGGUUAAGAAGUUAAAGAAGAAGAAGGGAGCGAUGGAGGAAUUGGAGAAGGCUUUAAGUAGCCCUGGUCAACCCAGCAAGUGUGUUACCAUCCCAAGAUCGCUAGAUGGUCGACUCCAAGUGUCUCACAGGAAAGGUCUUCCACACGUUAUUUACUGUCGAGUGUGGCGCUGGCCAGAUCUUCAAAGCCACCACGAGUUAAAACCAUUAGACGUUUGUGAAUUUCCUUUCGGAUCCAAACAGAAGGAGGUUUGCAUUAAUCCCUAUCAUUAUAAAAGAGUGGAAAGUCCAGUUCUGCCUCCAGUCUUGGUCCCAAGACACAGUGAGUUUAAUCCACAGCACAGCCUUCUAGUUCAGUUCCGGAAUUUGACUCACAAUGAGCCUCACAUGCCACAUAACGCCACAUUUCCAGACUCGUUCCAGCAGCCGAACAGUAACCCAUUUCCUAUUUCACCAAAUAGUCCAUACCCACCCUCUCCUGCCAGCAGCACCUAUCCCAGCUCUCCAGCCAGCUCUGGACCAAGCAGCCCUUUCCAAUUGCCGGCUGAUACUCCCCCACCGGCCUACAUGCCACCAGAAGAACAGAUGAAUCAGGACAAUGCUCAGCCUAUGGAGACGGGGAAUGUGAUGAUGUCAUCUAGCAUGCCAACUAUGCCUAUUAUCUCUGCUAGAGAUGUUCAGCCUGUUGCUUAUGAGGAGCCCAAGCACUGGUGUUCUAUUGUGUACUAUGAAUUAAAUAAUCGAGUUGGCGAGGCUUUUCAUGCUUCCUCUACAAGUGUUUUAGUGGAUGGUUUCACUGAUCCUUCCAACAACAAAAACCGUUUUUGUCUUGGCCUUCUUUCCAAUGUAAAUCGUAACUCUACCAUUGAGAAUACCAGGCGACACAUUGGUAAAGGUGUCCACCUUUACUAUGUGGGAGGUGAAGUCUAUGCUGAAUGCCUCAGUGACAGCAGUAUUUUUGUCCAAAGUAGGAAUUGCAACUACCAUCAUGGCUUUCAUCCAACCACCGUCUGCAAGAUACCCAGUGGUUGCAGCUUAAAGAUUUUCAACAACCAGGAGUUUGCUCAGCUUCUUGCCCAGUCUGUGAAUCAUGGUUUUGAGGCCGUCUAUGAACUCACCAAGAUGUGCACCAUUCGUAUGAGCUUUGUUAAGGGCUGGGGCGCGGAAUACCAUCGACAGGAUGUAACUAGCACACCAUGCUGGAUAGAAAUUCAUCUUCAUGGACCACUUCAAUGGUUGGAUAAAGUGCUCACUCAGAUGGGCUCUCCUCAUAAUCCUAUCUCUUCUGUAUCUUAACAGUGAGGUAUCAUUUACAGGCUUGUGCAAAAUACCAGAGGGAGAAAUGUUAUUUAACUGGACACUGUGAAAGAGCUACUGGAUAAUGAACAAAGAAAACACUGAAUGGAAAUCUUGAGAUUAUGACCAAUUACUAAUUACUUAACACUACUCCUUAAUUGUGUGGUAUUUACUUUAUUGCCACCUCUGCUUGUUCAGUUAACUCUUUGUUUACAUUGUGACUCUGUUGGUAAGUAUCUAAAAAUAUUUUGCUUUCAACCAAGCAACACCAUAAUUAAGGGCUUCCACAACAUUUCUUGCCUGUGAAGUUUGACUGCAACGAUUCAAUUGUUCUCUACAUUUUUAGGUGGUUUAUUAUGGGCAGUGAACUCAACUUUAAUUUGUAAGUAGACAAUGCUAUUAAGAGAUUCUAUUUUCAAUAUUCAACUGUUAUCCACGCAAACACUUUUUUAUUUUUAAGUUAUCUCUUGAUCACAGCAGAGCAGAAGAAAUAUUCUAAGAAAAUUAGCCAUUUAAUUGGAUGCAUUUCUGACCAACCAGAAGGCUCCAAAGUCUUGUAAAAAUACUUUUUUUUUGCUUUUAGCAUCAUGAUUAUUUUUUUCAGUAUUUGCAGUGGAAGUUUGAAAGUUGUUUCAGCAUUACAAGAUUUUGAAACAUUUAGCUGUUUAAAUGUUUGUAGAAAGGUUUGUGUUUGUCAUCUUAUAGAUGCACAUUGCCUCUGGUAUCAGAAUGUCUUAAACUUUGGACUAUAUAUUCUCUAUGAGCUUGGUAUUGUAUUAUUACAAUUAGCAUUUUUUGGUCCACUGAGUGUUGUGUUCUUAGUGAGGUCACCUAUAUCUAAUGAAGAUAAGUUGUUUUUAUUAAAACCAUGCAAGUGCUGGUGGACCCAAGGACAUUUACAUUUCAUUGUAGUAUGUUUCUUGUAUUAUAACAACUUUUAAAUGCAAACAUUUCUGCUCUUGUACAGAUUGGGGCAGCUUUGAAAACCUGAAUGCAUUUAAGACUUAGAAUUUUUUAUGCGAUUUCUUACAAGUUUUCAUGACAAUAGAUAAAAUUAGGGGAAAACAAAGAACUUACUUUCACAGAAGUUGAACUUUUGCUGACAUAGUAGUUUGUCAGAAUGAAUACCACCCUAAUAUUAUGUACUCAUAAACCCAAAUUCCACUUUCCUAACUUGUUCUUUGAAAUGUUGGGAAUUUUUUAAAAAAAUGCUAUUGAUGUCAAUUUAGGGGAGACCCUUGGAUUUUUAUCAUUUAUAGGUUAAAGUGGAUCGUAAUUGGGACUUCUGUUUUGGGGGAUUAAUUUGGUGAAACCUGAUAAUUAUCUCUCCGUACCUCUUUUUCUUCUAUCCAUUUCCCCGCCCCCCCCACACACAACAAAAUACAACUUGUUGGGUGAAACAAAUAAAACUUCAAAGCUCCUGCCAUCAUUCUCCACGUUAGCAAUCCUGUAAUUUACCAUGUCAAGGAUGUCUUCCCCAGUUUCCUCCAGUCUCAAACAAACUGCCUUUUACUCAGAAAUAUCUGAACUAUGGUGCACAGCCCAGAUAUAGUCCGCAAGCUCUCUGGUUAGCCCAAACACAAAGCCAUCUCUGCAGAGGAUUGGCGCAGUUGCAUUCCAGAUGAUUAUUGAUUAGUCAGUUUUAGCAGCCUUGCAGACAGUCAGUGAAUAUGAAUGACGCUCGCACACACUUAGUGUCAUUUUGGCACUGAUAACACAAAGAUGGAAAGGUUUCUUUUGAAAAAGAGAGAAUCAUUCUAAACAUAGUUGGAUUAAGCCAAAUCUCUUCAUGAGAAAAAUUCUAUCAAUGCAGAGAAAAGGUAAUAAUAAAGGUAGUUAGUGUGUAUAUGGAAAGGGAAGCCAGCUCGGAACAAACAAUUGCUCUGCAAGCAAACACUUGCUCAGCAUAAGCCGCCAUAUCUGUUGAUCAGACAUCUGUUACUUACAUUGGAAUUGACUUCUGCUGUUACUCACAUAGAAUUCUAUUCUAGUUGGUGGAGAUGGAAAGUGACCCUCAGCAAAUGUGACAGCAAAAAAGCAGGACACAUGGGCUGGUUCUGUUCACGGUCAUUUUCAUGCAUUAUAUUCACAAUUUAUCAACUCUUUGUAUUUUGUGUGUAAAUUUAUGAUGUGUAAGAAUUUAGAUAUACUCUUAGCGAUUAAUAAAUGUUGUAGUAGAUUUAAAUUGCCUUGAAAAAGCACACUUGAAUAAAAUAGUGUUUUUUGUACGAGUUAGUUCUCAGAAAUAUGCUUUCUUACCUGAUUGCUAAAUUAGUGUCAUAAGGUGUGCGCAUUUUGAUGUAAUUUUUAAGCAUCUCUUUAAUUAUCUGCAUAAAGCUAAGUGCUCUGAUUAACCUGAGGUUUUCUAUUUUUGAACUGAAAUGGCCAAAUGUGCUUGCAGCUGGUUUCACAUUUUUUUUUAGCUGCAUUCAGGAACAAAUAAAACUUAAAUCACUAUAA